CAACCUCUAAAGAUAAAAACACUUCCACACCACAAUACAUUUUCUCUCUCAUUACCGUUCGCUCCAUUCAUUCAUUCCCCCUUCCCCUAUUUUUUUUUCUUUCGCCCCAUUUUUCCUCCUUUUUUGCCCUAUUUUCAAUAGGGUUUCCAUCUUCGUGCCCCAUUUGUUCAUCUCAUGAAUUUUGCAGACCUUCGGAUUACAUCGAUCCUUGUUGUUUUCGUGUUCAUAAUUUCGGUUUCUGGAACUCUUGUGGAUCUGGGUGGCUUCUUUAACUCGUUUAGUUCUCACUUUUUUUGCCUCUUCGAGGUUUUUACUCUGCUUUCAACAUGUCUCAGAUCUUCGAUUACAGUGGAAAUGUAUACUCAAACCCCAAAGAAGCUGGCAGCUUUUUGUCCCUUGGUAUUGCCAACCAUGUGGAUGUUUACUUCCCUAACAAAAGGGCUAGGAUCAAUGCCCCUCUUGUAUCAAAAGGAGAAAGCUUAGUACAGGAGAAGCAUGUCUCUCUUGAUGUCCUCCCAGAUGAGUGCUUGUUUGAGAUCUUCAGGCGUUUGCCCGGGGAUCAAGAAAGGAGUUCUUGUGCCAGUGUUUCAAAGAGGUGGCUUGUGCUCUUGAGCACCAUCCCGACUGAAGAUCUAUGCAACAAAAACAUGGUUGUUGCUGAUGAGGCUGAGGAGAUCGAGAGCGAUGGAUUUCUUACCAGGAGUUUGGAGGGUAAGAAAGCCACCGAUGUUAGACUUGCAGCUGUUGCUGUAGGAAGUGCUGGUCGUGGUGGAUUGGGCAAGCUUAUUAUCAGGGGAAACAACUCCGUUCGUGGAGUUACAGACCUUGGUUUGAAGGCUGUUGCCCGAUGCUGCCCAUCUCUAAAGAGUUUAUCUCUUUGGAAUAUUUCUUCCAUUGGAGAUGAAGGUCUUAUUGAGAUUGCCAAUGGAUGUCACCGCCUUGAGAAACUUGAUCUUUGCAACUGCCCAUCAAUCACCAACAAGGCCUUGCUUGCAAUCGCCAAGAAUUGUCCGACUUUGACCUCGUUAAGCAUUGAGGGUUGUCAGAAUAUUGGUAAUGAAGGUGUGAAAUCAAUUGGACAGUUUUGCCCAAACCUUAAAUCAGUUACCAUGAAGGACUGCCCACUUAUCGGUGAUCAGGGUGUUGCGAGUUUGAUGUCAUCAGCUUCUUUCUCGGUAACCAAGUUGAAGCUUCAGGGGUUGAAUGUCACUGAUCUUUCUCUUGCUGUGGUUGGACACUAUGGAAAAGUAAUUACUGAUCUUGUUUUGGCAAACCUUCAGAAUGUGAAUGAAAAGGGUUUCUGGGUCAUGGGCAAUGCUCAAGGUCUUCAGCAUCUCAGGUCAUUUACCAUUUCUUCAUGCAGAGGAGUUACAGAUGUUGCAGUGGAAGCUGUGGGAAAAGGUUGUCCUAAUCUUAAACAGUUUGUCCUGAAGAAGUGUGCUUUCAUUUCUGACAAUGGAUUGGUGUCUUUUGCCAAAGCUGCAAAGUCUCUUGAGAGCCUACAAUUUGAAGAGUGCCACAGGAUUACCCAAAUUGGGUUUUUUGGUCUCCUUUUUAACUGUGGUACUAAGUUAAAGGCUCUUACUAUGUCUAGCUGCUAUGGGUUCAAGGACAUGAUUUUGGGAUUUCCCCUUCCGAUCAAAUCCACACCGCUUCGAUCUGUAACAGUUAGUAAUUGUCCCGGGCUUGGGGACAUGACCUUGGCCAUGUUGGCAAAUUUGUGUCCUCAGUUGCAAUGUAUCAACUUCAACGGGCUUCCCUGUAUCACUGAUGCUGGCCUUCUCUCUCUCAUCGAGAGCUGUGAUGCUGGCGCUGGCCUUGUCAAGGUUGGUCUAACCGGCUGUGUCAAUGUGACUGAUAACGUUGUUAUUGCAUUGGCAAAAUUCCACGGUGGAACCCUUGAGGUGCUAAACCUUGAAGGGUGUGGGAAGGUGACUGAUGCAGGCUUGGUGGCAAUUGCUGAUGAAUGUCUUCUGCUCAAUGAACUUUACCUUUCCAAGUGUGCCAUUACUGAUUUUGGUGUUGCAUCUUUGGCUCGGUCAAAGCAGCUGAGUUUGCAGAUCCUCUCUUUAUCUGGGUGCUCAAUGCUCUCAGACAAGUGCAUGCUAUUCUUGGUGAAGUUGGGUCAAUCUCUAAUGGGGUUGAACCUUCAGAACUGCAACUCAAUCAGCAGUAGUGUCAUUGACAUGGUGGUGCAGCGACUUUUCAGGUGCGAUAUCCUUUCCUAAGUGGAAGUUAAAACUAUGCUCUUCAGGUAGCGUCAGAAGUAUAUUCAGCAGAACUCGUGAAUAGUAAACGGUCUUUCUAGUUUUUUUUGGGUCCAUCAGUUCAAAACGGGCUUACCUUUCGCCAGAGACUUGGUUCUUUUUCCAGGAGGAAUACGAUCGAUUUAUACCCCCUUUUUUUGCAGGUUUCCUCAAGAUGGGAAACCUGUUUCAAGAAUUUAGGCUCUGCCUUAUUCUUGAGCGGUCGUUGAUGCCUGAGAUUACAGUUACUGGUUUCUGGAUUUGGAGGGUUUUGCCUUUGUCCAUCUUUUGCUGGCUUUCUGGACCUUCAUCAAAAAAAAAAAGAAAAAAAAAAGUAAAAAAACAAAACUUUUAGCUUGGCCUUAGAGCUGAGUUCUAAACCUCUUUAGAUGUAAUGUUUUUUCAAGUCGUCCAUGUAAGAGUGGGUUUAUGUUCCGCUCACUAUAGUGUGGGUGUUGUUGGUUGCUGUUUCCGUUGCUUUUGGAAGUUCGAAGUAUGGUGCCUCGUGUCGUCGUGGGCUUUGGCUGUGGCAGCACCCUAUUUUGGUGUUGCUGCCAUUACAAUCUUCACUCUUUUGAUGGGUGGGAUUGUUUUUUCAAUAGUUUUGCCAAGCCUUGGUUUUACAGGCGCCUUUUGUAUGAACUUGUUCGUUGCAACGGCUUUUCUUUACGUAAUAGAAGAAAUUAUGAAUAAAUACUGCGUCUCUUGUCUAUUAUGAUUUCAA